AUGAUCGACCGCCUUCGUAGCAAGAAGAGCGCCAGAAGUCUAAAUGACAAGGAUAAGGUGUUGAGGAAGCUCAGCCCUGUUGAACACCUGCAAGCUGCUCAUUACUCGUUAGGAGCAAUUAUCGGCUGUGCGAUAUCAUGUCGUUAUCGUAUUCCCGAAUCACUACUCGCCUCGGAUACUGCAUCGCUCCAGAAACUUGUUGAAAAUGCCUUCGCCCGUGCUAUUCUCCAGCAUCCGCUGUUCACGGUGGGGCGAAUCAACGCGGACUCUAAGAAGCAACAUUGGGUGCGACUUGAUCAGAUUGACUUAAAUAAUCACAUAGAAUGGCGUACGGUCUCUGAUCAGGAAGCGUACGAAUCGGUUCUCCAUGCCACCUUGGAAUGGCAAAUCAAUGAGCCCUACACGAAUCUCGAGACCCAACCUGGUUGGAGAGUGACUAUACUCAGACCAGCCGAGGUCAACUUUAUCGAUGUCGUUUUUGCUUGGGACCAUACUGCGGCAGAUGGGAAGAGCGGAAAGGUUUUCCAAGACAGUCUACUCACUUGUCUCAACACACCAGACGACGACACCGUGAUACUCAAGGGCCGCGUCUUUGAGGUCCCCAAUACCGAACUCACGCCUCCAUUGCAUCACUUGAUCAGACUGCCCGUCUCUCUGCACUUCAUCGUCGGUGAAUUCGGUCGGGAUAUUAUCGCUUCGAUCAAGGCGAAAGAACUACCUCACAUGGCGACAUGGGCACCAAUACCGACAGAGCCAUCCACAACGAGCAUGGUGGCCACGAAAGUUACGAAAAAGGCGCUAAAGCCUGUACUCGACGCGUGUCGUCAGCACGGCACGACCUUGACGGGGCUUAUGCACGCGCUUAUUGCAGUUUCAAUGGCGACGAGAUUGGCGGAGAUCAAGGCUUCUGCGUUUUUAUGCGGCACACCUGUUUGUCUGCGACAGUUUCAGAAGCCUGGCCAUCCAAGCAUCGAUUUGAACAAGACGGCCAUCAACAGCGUGGCAUACUGGCCUUUUACAUUUGACGAGGAACUUGUUGCAAAGGUUCGAGAACAAAUCAACGAGGCUCAAACAAAGCCAAACAUGAGCGCAAACCUGGAAGCGACGGUCUGGUCAUGCGCGAAGGCGAUACGAGACGGUCUAUCAGCCAAGCUGGACUUGGGUACCAGGAAUGAUCACAUCGGACUAGCCAAAUUCGUGAAGGACUGGCAGUCAUUCGUCAAGGACCACGGCAAAACGCGCUCGUAUUCAUGGGAGAUAAGCAAUCUUGGUGUUAUACAGGGUAAAGCAGAAGGUGAUAAGUGGGCUAUUGAGAGCGCAACAUUCACGCAGACCGCACCGACGUUUGGAUCGGCGUUGACAUUCAGUGUCAUUUCUGCUCAGGGAGGGGAUUUGGUGGUGACGAAUACGUGGCAGGUUGGGGUUGUUGAGGAGGAUUUUGCUGUUGGUGUGAGCUCUGAUGUGGAGGGUUGGUUGAAUGAGUUAGGGAGGACCGGGAGUAUCAACUUUGGAGCAGUUGGGGUAGCGAGCUAG